AUGGCUCUCACUACCGAGGGCGCAACAAACUCCGUGGAGGCCGUGGCUUUCAGUUUUCUGACGGACAAAGAGAUACUCAAGAGUAGUCGCGUUAAAGUUACCGAUGCCAUUCUGGUUGAUAAUCUCGGUCGUCCCGUAGAUGGUGGAUUGUAUGAUCCCGCUUUCGGUCCUUUUGCGGAUAGGUUUCCUUGUAAAACCUGUGGUCUGCCCAAAGAUCACUGCUCAGGUCAUUUUGGUCAUAUUGAGCUCGUUGCCCCUGUCUACAAUCCUCUGAUGUUCACUUUUCUUAGCAAUAUUUUAAAGAAAACAUGUUUCUCUUGCCAUCAUUUUAAAGCUAGUAGAAAAGAGGUGGAAAGUCGUGUGUCCCAAUUGAAGUUAAUUAUGGAAGGGAAAAUAAGCAAGGCCAAAAGUUUGGAUGAAAAUAAAUUAGAUGGACCUCUAGAUUCAGGCGAUUCUGAUGAUGAUAAAGACCAAUGUAGUAGACCCGAGCAACCGCUAGAAAAUUGGACAUCUAUUCAAUUUUCCGAGGCAAUGGCUGUACUAAGAACAUUUCUACAAAAGGAUUAUACGAAGUGUCUAAAUUGUGGAAACAUCAGUCCUAAAAUUACUAAACCAAUCUUUGGAUGGUUUCACGUGAAAGCGCUCACACUUUCUCAAGCCAGAGCAAAUGUUAUUACAGGCAGCGAUGCAUCCUUGGCAAGUGAAACAAUUAAUGAUGAUAUAUCUUUAGGAAAUGUGGAUAAUGAAAGCCGUAUAUUGUCUACUAAGCUUAUUGAGCAAACUUCACUUUCUGGGUCUUUGCUACCCUCCCUGGUUAGGGGAAUUCUAGAGCUUUUGUGGAAAAAUGAAGCUAUGCUGUGCUCGUAUAUCAGUGACAUUCAAAAUCAAGGUUUUGGAAAGAAAGCUGGUCACUCCAUGUUCUUUUUGGAAAACAUUUUUGUUGCCCCAAUCAAAUUCCGCCCCCCAUUGAAAACAGGUGAUAACGUGGCAGAUCAUCCUCAAACUGUUAUGUUGAGUAAGGUUUUAGACUCCAACAUAUCCUUGGGACAAGCGCAUCACAACAAGUUAGAUGCAUCAGUCAUUCUAAGGCGGUGGAUGGAGCUUCAACGAUCUGUAAAUCUCUUAUUUGACAACAAAUCUGCUUCCAAAAGCCAAAAAGCCGUGACUACUGGGAUAUGUCAGUUGCUGGAAAAGAAGGAGGGCAUCUUUCGCCAGAAGAUGAUGGGAAAGAGGGUUAAUUUUGCAUGCCGUUCUGUCAUAUCACCAGAUCCUUAUUUAGCAGUCAAUGAAAUUGGGAUUCCUCCAUAUUUUGCUCUAAGGUUAACAUAUCCUGAGAGAGUGACUCCUUGGAAUGUAGUCAAGUUAAGGGAAGCUGUCCUAAAUGGUCCUGAAACCCAUCCAGGUGCCACACUCUAUGCUGAUAAAACAUCAACACUCAGGCUUCCACUAGACAGGAGGUUACGUUCUUUUACAUCAAGGAAAUUACAAUCGUCAAGAGGGGUUAUUAUGCAUAAUGGGAAGAUACGUGACCAUGAAUUUGAAGGAAAAGUUGUGUAUCGUCACUUGAAGGAUGGCGAUGUAGUGCUUGUCAAUCGACAGCCAACACUUCAUAAGCCUAGUAUAAUGGCACAUGUAGUCCGUGUUCUAAAGGGGGAGAAAACAGUUCGCAUGCAUUAUGCAAACUGCAGUACAUACAAUGCUGAUUUUGACGGUGAUGAGAUUAAUGUUCAUUUUCCACAAGAUGAAAUAUCACGAGCUGAAGCUUACAAUCUUGUAAAUGCCAACAACCAAUAUGUGAAGCCUACUAGUGGUGAUCCAAUCAGAGCCUUGAUUCAGGAUCAUAUUGUAAGUGCCGCUCUUCUCACAAAAAAAGAUACCUUUUUGAGUUGUGAAGAGUUCAAUCAACUUCUCUACAGUUCUGGUGUAUCCAUGACUGCGUCGGGCUCUCUCACUUGCAAACCUGGGCAGAAAAUAGUCAUGUCAAACUCCGAGAGUGAAAUGUUUCAGUUUCCUCCAGCAAUAUUCAAGCCAGAGCCACUGUGGACAGGGAAACAGGUUAUCAGUGCAUUGCUAUGCUAUAUCACUAAAGGUCGCCCACCAUUUACUGUUGAGAAGAAUGCAAAAAUCCCAUCUAGUUUUUUUAAGACUCAAAUGAGGGAGGGAAAAAAACGCACUAAAGAUACCUCACGAAAAAGGGAUGAGAAUGAGGAUAAAUUGUUGAUAUAUAAAAAUGAUUUGGUGCGCGGUGUAGUUGACAAGGCUCAAUUUGGUGACUAUGGAAUGGUGCAUACAGUGCAAGAGUUUUAUGGCUCAAAUACUGCUGGCAUUCUUUUGUCCGCAUUAAGUCGGCUAUUCACCAACUUUUUACAGAUGCACGGGUUCACAUGUGGGGUUGAUGAUCUUCUGAUAACAGAAGGAAAGGAUAGUGAAAGAAUAAAUCAACUUGAAAGCUGCGAGGAAAUUGGUGACAUUGUUCAUCGUGAAUUCAUUGGAGUCAUGGAAAGUGAUAAUAUUGAUCCAAUCACAAUGCAGUUGAAUGUUGAGAAAAAAAUACGCAGUAAUGGAGAAGCAGCCUUAACAUACUUAGAUAGGAAGAUGAUAAGUAAUCUUAACUCCAGAACUAGCUCAGGAGUAUUGAAGGAGCUACUAUCUCAAGGAAUAUUAAAACCUUCAGGAAAAAAUUGGAUUUCUCUUAUGACUACAUCUGGAGCUAAGGGAAGUAUGGUCAACUUCCAGCAGAUAUCUUCUCAUCUUGGCCAGCAAGAGUUGGAAGGAAAACGAGUCCCACGUAUGGUUUCUGGCAAGACCUUACCGUGCUUUCCAUCAUGGGAUUGUUCCCCCAGGGCAGGAGGGUUCAUUAUUGAUCGGUUUCUUACUGCUCUUCGUCCACAGGAAUAUUACUUUCAUUGUAUGGCUGGUAGAGAAGGGUUAGUUGACACUGCAGUCAAAACAUCUAGGAGUGGUUACCUGCAAAGAUGUCUUAUGAAAAACCUUGAGUGUCUAAAAGUUUGCUAUGAUCAUACUGUCCGUGAUGCCGAUGGGUCAGUUAUUCAGUUUCACUAUGGAGAAGAUGGUGUGGAUGUGCAUCAAACUAGCUUUAUCACCAAAUUAGAAGCACUGUCAAUUAAUAAAGAAUUGGUUUACAGCAGCUGUUGCCGUCAGCUAGAUAGAUCCAGUCCUUAUAUUAACAAGUUGCCUGAUGCUCUUAAAGGAAAAGCAGAAAACUUCAGUCGUGAUUUCUCUUCAAAACAGAGAAAUUCCAGUUCAUUGAAACAAGAUUUCCUACAGUUGAUGGAGCACAAGUACGUCUCAAGUCUUGCUCAACCGGGUGAACCAGUUGGUGUGUUAGCUUCUCAGUCUGUGGGAGAACCGGCAACACAGAUGACUUUGAAUACUUUCCAUCUUGCUGGUCGAGGUGAAAUGAAUGUGACUCUUGGAAUUCCUCGUUUGCACGAAAUUGUGGUGGCAGCCUCAGAUAACAUCAAGACUCCCUUUAUGUCAUGCCCCCUGAGAUCCAAUAAAUCUAUGGAAAGUGCUAUCCGUCUUGCGGACAAAAUGAAAAAGAUAACUGUAGCUGACAUAAUUGAAAGUAUGAAAGUUUCUGUUGUACCCGUUGCCGUAAAAGAUGGUCAGAUUUGCAGUAUAUAUAAGCUUAUGAUGAAACUGCAUAAACCUAAACACUAUCCAAAAUACACUGAUAUUACGCUUGAAGACUGGGAGGAAACUUUAAGAGUUGGGUUUGUGAGAGCGUUGGAGGAUGCGAUUGAAAGUCACGUUGUGUUGUGUGAUAAAAUUAGUGGCAUAAAAAAUUUCCAAGGCAAAAGGGGUGUAGAAAAUGAUCAUAGCAAUGAUUCAGAAUCUAACAAAAAUGGUCAAACUGACGAUGACGACGAUGUUGAUGACACAGAGGAUGCUGAUGAUCUUGGUUAUGAUGCUCAAAAGAGUAAACAGCAAGGUAUGGAUGAGGUUGAUUACGAUGAUGGUCCUGAAAAUGAAACACGUGAGAUGUCGGAGGAUGGAAACAUUGAAGGCGUUGAAGGUGGCAAAGAUGACGAGGAUGAGAAAAGUGAUGGAGAUGACAGUGAUUUUGAAGUAAAUGGGGACAGUGAUACUGAAUUAAAUGACAUUGAUAAAAAUGUGACACUUGAUGCAAAUGAAUCUCAAGGACUUGAAGAAACAUCGAAAUCUGAUAAGAGUAAAUCUGAACCCGUGAGCAAAAAACAUGACAGGAGAGUUUAUGUGAAAUCUGGGGGGAUGCGUUUUGAGAUCCACUUUAAAUUUACUACUGAACCUCACAUAUUAUUGGCUCAGAUUGCCCAGAGAACAGCCGAGAAGGUUUGUAUCCAGAACUUUGGAAAGGUUGGCGAAUGUAAAGCUAUUACAUGUAAAGAAAGUGGUGUAAUCUACUAUGGUGAAGUUGAUGGUAAAAGGGAUGAUAUUCCGUCAUCAGUGAAAGAAAAAAUACCAGCGCUUCAAGCAUCUGGUAUACAUUUUAAAACAUUUUGGGAGAUGGAAGAUGACCUUAAUCUUAGGUAUGUUUAUUCAAAUGAUGUGCAUGCUAUACUAAGGACCUACGGGGUGGAAGCAGCCAAAGAAAUCAUCAUCAGGGAAGUGCAAAAUGUUUUCAAAUCGUAUGGGAUAUCAGUAAAUAUCCGACACUUGAUCCUUAUUGCCGACUAUAUGACACAUGCCGGUGGGUAUCGACCUCUGACCAGAAAGGGGAUAGAAGAUUCUACUUCCCCUUUGGUCAAAAUGUCUUUUGAGACUGCAUCCAACUUCAUUGUUGAAGCAGCUCGUCAUGGACAGGUGGACACCUUGGAGACUCCAUCUUCUAGAAUUUGUCUUGGUUUGCCCGUAAAGAUGGGAACUGGGUGCCAUGACUUGAUACAGAAGCUUGAAUUAUGA